AUGGUGAAGGCCCCCAGCAUGAAAUAGCUAUUUGAAAACUUUCUCAGGUGAAUUAUUACCAUUUCAAUAUUGCUAUUUGGUCCAUAACAUCAUCAACGCGUCUUUCACUCUAGUAAUUAUUAGUAGCUGUUAUUACAAUCCAAUUUAUAAUGUAUAUCUCGCAUUGUUGACAUUUGCCCCCCACCCAACCAACUCCCCUUUUCAGGGAGAAGGUUGAUACCUAAGCCCAAUGAGAGAGUUGACGCACUGACGCUGGAGGUUGGCAUUUGGAUGUAUCAGAGCGAGGGGGGAGGUAAACAAGAUGGCGGCAGCCUUAGAGCAGCUGCAUUAGUAGAAGCAGAUAUUAAGCUAAAAAUUAUGCACACACUGACAACUUCAUGUGGAGAAAGAAACCCUGGCGGAGAACUCACGCAAGUCUGCUUCAUUUGAAUAUCUUAAAACAAAGGUAUCACUAGAAGUUUUCUAUGGGACGGAUCAGCGGAUGAGGGUUUAUUGUAAAGAGGAAUAAAAUGCCCUGCCCCUGAAGCACCAAAGAGGAAGUUCAUGUUUUUGUGGUGCACCACUGGAGCCACGGCUUGUCGGUCCUGUAAGUGAAUCGCCUUGGAGUCACUGAUGCGCCUCUGAUGUAGCAAAAACCGAGUGCUUGCCAAGAAUCUCACCUGGGCUUUCUUAUUAGUUUUGUACAGAUUUGUACAGGAACGGUCAACUUGCCAAACCAGACAGGCUAUCCCUAUGCUGGGCUUCUUAUAGUGUUGACCCAGCAAAGCAUGGGACUAAAUUCACUAGAAUGCCAGAUCCUGGGUUUACAUCACCUCUCAGUAUAGGUCUAAGACUGAACUCAACAGAAUUCACAACCACAGAUAACUCUUAAACGAGAAAGGACUUUGCUCUCCUUUUUUCUUCCUCCCUUUCUUUGCACUGGACCUCUGGGGAAGUGUUGCUACCACCUGUCUUUGACUUAUGCAAGAGGAAGACCAGGAGCAGGUAAUGUGUCCCAUGUCCCCACUCAGCAGCAGCAGCAGCUCAGCGCUUUCCCCUCCUCAAUGCCGCUAGUGUUUUUAAAUUGAACUGUAUUCCUGUCGCGUCAGGAUACACACACACACACACACACACACACACAUAUCCCCUGUAGCAGGCCGAUCCUGAGGGACCUCCCCUUCAGUAGCAGCAGCAGGAUCUGUAGCGUUGUUUGUGUGUGCGCGCGUGCGUGAGCGUCCGUCGGACCCGACGGCCCAAAGAUGAGCGUGGGGGAGCUGCAGCACCUGGACUACCUGACGGAGGGCGAGCUCAUGGGCAUGGACGCCUUCAUCCACCGCAUCGACUCCACCGAGGUCAUCUACCAGCCGCGCCGCAAGCGCGCCAAGCUGGUGGGCAAGUACCUGAUGGGGGACCUGCUGGGCGAGGGCUCGUAUGGCAAGGUGAAGGAGAUGCUCGACUCGGACACUCUGUGCCGCCGCGCCGUCAAGAUCCUCAAGAAGAAAAAGCUGCGCCGCAUCCCCAACGGAGAGGCCAACGUCAAGAAGGAGAUUCAGCUCCUACGUAGACUUCAGCACAAAAAUGUGAUCCAGUUGGUGGACGUGUUAUACAAUGAAGAGAAGCAGAAAAUGUAUAUGGUGAUGGAGUAUUGUGUGUGUGGAAUGCAAGAGAUGCUGGACAGUGUUCCGGAGAAGAGGUUUCCAGUGUUCCAAGCUCACGGGUACUUUUGCCAGCUUUUGGAUGGCCUUGAGUAUUUGCACAGCCAGGGAAUCGUCCACAAAGACAUUAAGCCGGGCAAUCUGCUGCUGACCACGGAUGGCGCUCUGAAGAUCUCCGAUCUGGGCGUGGCCGAGACCCCCACUCCGCAGGCCCUGCACCCGUUCGCGGAGGACGACACGUGCCGCACGAGUCAGGGCUCCCCGGCAUUCCAGCCCCCAGAGAUUGCCAACGGCCUGGACACUUUCUCUGGCUUCAAAGUGGACAUCUGGUCCGCCGGCGUCACACUCUACAACAUAACGACGAGCCUGUACCCGUUUGAGGGGGACAACAUCUAUAAGCUGUUUGAGAACAUUGGAAAGGGCACCUACAGCGUCCCUGAGGAGUGCGGACCACUGCUCUCAGACCUGCUGAGAGGAAUGCUGGAGUACGACCCUGAGAAGAGAUUUUCAAUACAGCACAUACGGCAACACAAUUGGGUGCGUAAGAAACACCCCCCGUCGGAGGCGCCGGUGCCCAUCCCCCCCAGUGCAGGCGGGUCGGACCCCUGGAGGAGCAUGAGCGUGGUGCCUUACCUGGAGGAUCUCCACGGAUACGCAGACCAGGACGACGACGAGCUCUUCGAUGGAGAGGAGGACGACAUCAUCUACACUCAGGACUUCACAGUACCAGGGCAAGUUGCGGAGGACGGGGAAGAUGAGGAGGAGGCGGGGCGGGGGCGUGGCUUGUCUAAGGCUGUGUGUGUGAACGGCACGGAGGGGGCGUCGCUGAAGCCCAAGACGGAGCGCAGGUCCAGCUCCUCGUCCAACCCCUCCCGCAAGGGCCUGUCCACGGCCAGCAAGAUCCGCAAGCUCUCCACCUGCAAGCAGCAAUGACCCGACACACACACCCACCGCCCCGCCACACACACACGGCCUCAACACACAACUCCUAUCGGUUUUCUCUCCUGUCUCUCCAUGCAUUGGCCCCCCACACCCAGCAGACAUGUCUUGCCUCUGCCCUCUCAUGCCCAUGGCCACCCUGGACUGCCCUCUGCCCUCUCAUGCCUAUGGCCAGCCACCCUGGACUGCCCUCUGCCCUCUCAUGCCUAUGGCCAGCCACCCUGGACUGCCCUCUGCCUCUCCCCUCUCAUGCCCAUGGCCACCCUGGACAAUGAACCCAAAAUGGAUGCCAGGAAAAAACCUCUUCUCCUUUUUUCUGUCUUUUCUUUUUGGUUUUGUUUUAAAGAGACUGACCCGAGUGGGAAACUACAAAGAGGAGAUGUGCCUGCCGUACAACCACCCCACCCCCAACAACGUUGCUUUUUAUCCCCCUUCUCUCUCUCUCUCUCUCUCUCUCUCUCUCUCUCUCUCUCUCUCCUCUCUCCUCUCUCCUCUCUUCUCUCUUCUCUCUUCUCUCUUCUCUCUUCUCUCUUCUCUCUUCUCUCUCUGUCUUUCUCGCUCCUCUUCCUCUCUCUUCUGCAUCUUCUCUAGACGAUGCAGGUGGACUCCCAACAGCCAGAUUUAGUUGUUAGGUUGCCCCUUUUUUUUACAGUAAUUAAAUACACAGUUAAAGACACUCAGACGUUUUAUUGUGACAUGUUAAGAAUGACAACAACAGUAAUAACUAUUGCUAUAUUGAGUAUGAGAUACAUAUAAAAGAAAAAGAUAUAUAUAUAUCUACCCCCAGUGGAAAGAGUUUUGAGAAGAUCUGAAUUCUUCUUUUGAUGCUGGGUUGGGGCUGCUGAUGAUUUCUAUACGGUGUUAACUGCAUGCUGUAAAGAGCAGUGGAAAAGGGAACUUCUCCAACUAAAGGACUGAAAACAAACAAAAAGUUCAGACGCUUGACGACACCAUCUGACCAUCUGGCCCGGUCACCUGCUUUUUCUUCUCUUCAUUGUUUUGGCUUUUUCCAUCUAGGGUUUCUUUUUGUUGUUUUGUUUUGUUGUUGUUUUUUUUUUUCAAUAAAUAUUUUUUAAUUAUUAUUUAUAUAAAACACAUCCCAACCA